AUGGAGAAUAAAAUAGAAAGUCUGUUAAAUGAUGAGACAAAAGAUGGAGGGAUAUAUUUAAGUGGGUUAACAACGGAUAUCGAGUACAUCAGAAAAAAUUGUUCCGUUAUAACGGAAGUAAAUACGCUCCAUGGAUCCUUCUACGCCUAUGUGCCUAUUAUAAGAGGUAUUAGACAGGAGAGACAGAUAGAGGACAUUGUUUGUAUAUCAUGUUAUUUAACAGAGAGACAGAGAGAAGGAUAUUGUUUGUAUAUAAUGUUAUUUUACAGAGAGACAGAUAGAGGACAUUGUUUGUAUAUCAUGUUAUUUUACAGAGAGACAGAUAUAAGACAUUGUUUGUAUAUCAUGUUAUUUAACAGAGAGACAGAUAGGAGGACACGAGACUGA